GUUUAUUAAGGAGUCGAGGGUUUAUCAUCAGCGAGGUCCAAAGGGAAGAAUAAAAGAAUUAGCGAGGACAGGCUCUGAAUUUCGGUUCGAUGAGGAGUAGUUGGGGAAGAGCUUUGGGAAAUGUGAGGUCCUUUCUAGGCAAUUCUAUGGGAGGUCUUAGAGGAGGAACCAACCUCGCUUCGUGGGCCGUGGCUGGAACCCUAGCUUACUACCUUUGGGUCAAGCCAGCCCGAGACCUCCAGCGUGAACAAGAGGAAAAGGCAGCGCUUGCUGCUUUGGAUGAUCCUUAUCGCUAUGUUGAGAAACGAAAACCAAUUCCCGACCCACAGGAAACUGGUUUGAUAUACGGUAACAAGAAUAAAGGAACUCGUAAACAGGAGGAAUAAAGUGCUGGACAUCGCAUACUUGGUACUUGUAAGUUAAGGUGGUCGUUAAUUUGGCCCUAAGUUGAAGGUUCAUAAGUCGAUAUCACUUUGUAUGGAUAGCGGAUUAUUUUUAUAAGUUGCAAUAAGAUAUGGAAUGCCCCUUUUUCGUUGCCC